AUGACAUUUGUUCAACAGAUAAACGGAGAGACAGACGAGCGACUAACAUUCAGUGAGCUGGAGAGGAAGAUUCUGAAAACUGCCAACAUCCUGCUGAGUUUGGGCCUGAAGAAAGGAGAUGUGGUGACAUUGUUCUCUCCGAACAGCAUCAACUACCCGGUUGUUGUCCUGGCGGUUGCACUCAUCGGAGCAUUGUGCAGUCCCAUCAACUACUUAUAUAACGCAGAUGAACUGAUGAAGUUGAUUUCACAAGUAGAGCCAUCAAUAAUUUUCACAACUCGUCUGCUGGUUGGAGUCGUUCAGCAGAUACUUCCUCAAUGUCCUUACAAUGUCCUAUUGAUGGAUAGUGGUCCUGGAUGUUUCUUGGAGCAGGAUGAUGGCUGCCUGCUAACAGAUGUUAAAGAUGUCGGAAUACUGAUGGAUGAUUCGUUUGUUCUGCCGUUCUCCAGUGGCACAACUGGUGUUCCGAAAGCCGUGCAACUCACUCAUCGCAAUGUCAUCUGCAACUCUCAACAAGUUUUAGAUCGCGAAAGGCUGGAUUACCACAAAGAAGAUAAAAUACUGUCAGUUCUUCCUUACUUUCACAUAUAUGGAUGCAUGGCCAACAUGCUGGCUUGCCUCCUGACCGGAAGCACACAAAUCAUCAUGUCUAAGUUUGAUCCUGAGAUGUUUCUGAAAUGCAUCGAUUAUUACAAAUGUUCAUAUCUGACUGUUGUCCCUCCGAUGCUACUCUUCAUGUGUCGCCACCCCCUCGCAAUCAACACCACAUUUCCGAAUGUGAGGGCCAUUGUGACGGGGGCGGCUCCAACCCCCGUCAGUCUGAUCGAGGAAAUCAGGAAAAAGUUAAAAGCAGGAGCCAUUGUCAAACAAGCAUACGGACUGACAGAGACCAGUCCAGCACUGUCUAUUAACCUGAACAGCAGGCUGAAAGAUGAUUCUGUCGGAACAUUGCUAGCUCACACUGAACUCAAAGUUCUUGACGCAAAUAACAAAAUUCUGCCGAGAAACCAAAAUGGUGAGCUGUGUGUUCGAGGACCUCAAAUUAUGAAAGGUUACUACAGAAAUGCAGCUGCCAACGAGCAGACAUUCACAGAGGAUGGAUGGCUUCGCACAGGUGACAUUGGAUCAGUUGAUGAAAAUGGUUUUCUAUAUUUAUUUGAUAGAAGUAAAGAGCUCAUUAAAGUGAAAGGUUUUCAGGUGGCACCCGCAGAACUGGAGUCCAUCCUGUUGAGCCAUCCAUUGGUAGCGGACAGUGCAGUCAUCGGAGUUCCCGACGACAAACUUGGAGAGAAGCCUCGUGCUUACGUGGUCCUCAAGAAGGAUGGGUCGGUUAGGGAGGAGGAGUUGGUCAGAUUCGUUGCAGGGAAAGUAGCCGCAUUCAAACGACUGACCGGUGGUGUGCAGUUCGUUCAAGAAGUUCCAAAAUCUCAAACUGGAAAGAUACUGAGAAGGGUGUUGAAAGAAAAAUACCUAGCGUGA